AUGACCGUAACGAUUGGUAUGGCUUUACUCGUCAUGGCGCUCGAAGGCUACGUCUUUGCGCGGUUUGAGCUAGGCAUCCUAGGCUAUGACCCAGACCUACCUGCCAUCUCACAACAAAAGUCAAAGGCCUCCAAGGCGAUUCCAACGUACUUUAGCCUCUUCCUCUUUGCGGAGGUCUUUGGCCUCGGCCUCACCUGGGACUCGCUUCGUCUGAAAAACACUAUUCAGGUAAUUGGACUGUGCAUCUACCACUUGGCGCUCGCAACGUACAGUAUCAUCCAAAUUGCACAGAUCCGUGAUGCUCUCGUCGCUGCAAACCUCACGCCAAUCUGGAAUGGUACAGAAUCACGUCUACCCAUUCGUCCGUUUCUCUUCGCCAUCCCACCAGUCAUCAUCGUCUUCAAUGGCGCACUCGUCUACCUUGCCUACCGGCUCUACAAUGAAUUCGGAUGGACCAUCUACAAACACAUUGGCGCGGACUUACAAAUGCGACGCCGAUACAUGGCCUACCAGAUCUUCGUCGCCCUGCUCAAAUUCGAUUUCGUCGUCUUUGUUGGCUUCUCCGUGCAAUUCGCCGUCAUCCAGCUCGAUCGCAGUGACCCAGAGUUCUACAUGACCCUGGCUGUCAUUCCCAUCACCAUGCUCGGUUUGCUCUGCACCAGUCUUGCACUGCGUCGUGAAAUUCACUGGGCCAUGUAUCUCGCACUCAUCUACUUUCUGGCGGGCGCCGGUUACUUUGUCUUCAAAGUUGAACGCAUGUACGCUGGUCCAAAAGCAGCAUCUUAUGGUGCUGCUCGACGACCGCUCGUGACAUUCGCAAUCCUGACACUUGCAUUGCUCGUUGCCUCGAUUGCGAAUGCUAUUGUCUGUAUGCGCAACUUUGGAUUCGGUCUCAAACAAAUCCUCGAUCGUCGGCGCGUCGAUUCCUUUGGUCGCAAUAUGGAAGAUGGCGUUGGCUCGGAUUUUGUUAGCCCGCAUUAUCAACCACAACAGUAUGAUGGAACAGGCUUCGGCUCAGCUUAA